AUGUUGGUUCUUGAAUUUUUGAAGCCAAUUGACUCCAAGAGGUAUGAUGAUGUUAUUGGGAUUGGGACUGGGAUUGUGAGAGAGCAGGAGUCGGUUUUGACGAAGAUUCUUUGCGAUCUCGCUAAUGUGAGCAGGGGAUGGGGGGUGACCGCUCUGAGAAGAUCUACGGAUAUAGUUGACGAUGCAGUGUUCUUCUUCAGGUGUCAGAGCUUGAAGACGGCAAUGUGA